CUCAGCUGUCAAGCGUUUGCACACCAUUACUCGAAGGCUGUGAUAUCAUAUUUUAUAUUUACGAUAUUAGUCGGAGCUCAGUCUGAAAUGGAGGGACAGCGCUGGUUACCACUGGAAGCCAACCCUGAGGUUAUGAACCAAGUGAGUAGAUGUCUCGGCUGUCUGGGUGUGUCUAGGAAUCAAUCAAAACUAGUGGCAAAUGAAUGAUUCAGUUUUUACGACAGCUGGGCUUGGUACCUACCUGGCAGUUUGGGGAUGUGUAUGGUUUGGAACUUGAAGUUCUCAGUUUGGUGCCAAGACCAGCGUGUGCUGUUCUAUUGCUCUUCCCUAUAACUGACAAGUAUGAAACUUUUAGACAGGAAGAAGAGGCAAAAAUUAAAGCACAAGGGCAAGAGGUGUCCCCUGGGGUCUACUUCAUGAAACAGACUAUUGGCAAUGCUUGUGGUACAAUAGGGUUGAUUCAUGCUGUUGCAAACAAUCAAAGGCAUCUGGAAUUUGAGCCUACUUCACCAUUAAAAGAAUUUUUACUGCAAACUGCAAAGAUGAGCCCAGAGGAAAAAGCAGCUUUCCUUGAAAAAGAUGAGAGUAUUCGUGUAACACAUGAGUCAAGUGCUCAGGAAGGACAAACAGAGGCUCCAAGUUUAGAUGAAAAAGUGGAUUUGCAUUUUAUUGCUUUUGUAAAUGUUAACGGACAUUUAUAUGAACUGGAUGGACGCAAGCCUUUUCCAGUUGUUCAUGGGAAAACCACUGACGACACAUUCCUUGAGGAUUCUGCAGAGGUCUGCAAGAAGUUCAUGGCACGGGAUCCCCAGGAGCUCCGCUUUACUGUGGUGGCUCUUUCCAAAGCAUAAAUAUUCUUGAUGUUUUACCUAAAACUGCCAAUCGUUCAGAAGUGCUGUUUUAGAACAUUAGCAUUUAUACAUUAUCAGUUCAAAUUUGACUUUGAUAAUGAAUUUGUAUAAAUUUUUGACUUCGACAGAUACAUGCUGUUAAAAGAUUAUGAAAAUAAAUGGUAUCCCACAACUGUUUAUACCCGAGUCAUCUCCGAUAAGUAUAUAUAAUAAAUAUACGUUAUUUUUGUGUUCA